CACAUGUUUCGUGCACACAGCUACGGAAGGAAGUAAGUAGAUGGGAGGGGGGCGGAAACGUGCAACAUAUAAACGAUCGCAGCGGGGUGUGUUUUUAAAGUAAAGCGGGUGGCUCACGGGUUUUGUUGCAUCGGUCGGUGGUUCAGUCGGAAUCAAAGAAAGGAGCCUUAGAAGAGGUCUCACCCCAACGAGAAGAGACGACUUUGUCGAUUUUUUUUUACGGUGUUGGUCGUCGAUUGGAAUUAUUAUCACUAAUCGCUGCCUGCCGGUCGUCCGUGUAAAGCAAAGCACAAGAACUAGCGGAGGAUGGGAGAUGAGCUUCUGCAAGUGGAAGAGAAAGCCAAGAGGAAGGCAGAAAAGAGGAGGGCCAAGAAAAAGCGGCAGAAGGAGCGUAGGAGAAUCGAGCAGACCGAGAGUGGGCUCGCGGGAACGCUGUUGACAUUGGGAAUUCAGGAUUCGUCUUCGGAUGACGAUGAAGGGGAGGAGGGGGAGGAUGCAGAGGAAGAUGAAGAGGAGGAGGAAGAGGAGGUGGAAAGACACUUGGAGGAUCUUAACGGUCUGAACAGGAACUGUGACCCAAAUUUUGGCGUACAGACAAAUGGAGACGACUGCAGCAGACGGAGACACUCGGCCGACAGGAAAUCAAAAACCAAAAAGUCAAGAGGAAAAAGCACAGUGGAGCUGGGAGAGCAGGAUGCGGAGUGGGACGUCAACAGCGCUUUUUUUGCUGUGGCGGCGAGCCACGUGAAGGCAUUACAAAAACCCAGCAAAGCUGACAAGAAGAGGAGGAGCGAGGCCUCCAUGAUGGAGGCAAAAGACCCCGACUCGGAUUCGUUAAAAAGCAGAGAAUACCUGUUGCUUGGGAACGACAGAGCGCAGAAUGGACAGUACAGCGAAGCCGUGAAGUGCUUCUCUAAAGCGAUAUCAAUAGACCCAAACGACUACCGGCCGUUUGGGAACCGCUCGUACUGUUAUGACAUGCUGCGUCAGUUCCCCAAGGCCCUGAAGGAUGCUGAUGUGGCACUCGAGCUCUUCCCAGGCUGGGCCAAGGGACACUUUCGCCGUGGACGCGCCUUGCUCGGACUUGAGAAAUACAAACAAGCUGAAGAAGCCUUCAAGAGAGUCCUCGACUUGGAUAAAGACUGUGACGACGCUGUAGACGCUUUAUUUUCAAUCAAAGUUGAGAGGCUGAUGGACCAGGGCUUCACACGCGAGGACUCUGAAAAGGCUCUGAAUCAGGAGGAAUCUUUUGAAGCGGCUCACAACUUUCUUGUGAACAGCACUGAGUACCUGGAGACAAUGGACAUCUCGAAUGGGAGUGAUUCGGAUAUUUUUCACAAUAAUCACGUGGGAUACACGUCCAGGAUGGAAGCGAACUCCCUGUGGAUCGGGAACGUCACGAGCAAUGUCACAGAGAAGGCCAUCAUGGAUCUCUUCAAAAGGUACGGCACAAUCCGGAGCGUGCGCGUCAUGCACGAGCGCUACUGCGCCUUCGUCAACUACACGAACGGCGAGGCGGCAGCCAAGGCCAUGUCCGCACUGCAGGGCUGUGAGGUGGCCAACACUAAGCUUCUCAUCAAAUACCCGGACCACCACCCCAGCAACACACCGAAGGCGGAGAGCAAGGCGUCGUCUAACAUUCCACUCUCGGGAGACAAGAAGCGUGGACCAAUCAAUGGGAAUGAGUGUUAUUUCUGGCGAACGACUGGAUGCACCUUUGAAGACCGUUGCCGGUUUCGCCACGUCCCUGAGAACCGAUCCGUUGACCUCAAACCGUGGCAGCGCUUCAAAUAGGUCUCGUCUUGUCUCGCAAUCUCUCACGUCCUCGUUCUAACAGCAAUGUAAAAUGAGGGCCAUCCUAGAAAAUGUUUUAAUCCUCACACAUAUAUAUGUAUAUUUAACACGUAGGUUUUCACAGCCAAUAUUACGAUUCUUAAUACAUUUUUGGGUUAGGCCACAUAAUUAUCGGACCCUUCACCAACAACCGACACAGCCAGAUAAAUCAAUGAUUGAUUCUGUGCAAUAUUUUUGUAUUGGUUCAGCUCACCAGUAAGGUUGAAGAGCAAUUUACAACCAUAUUUCGCAAUUGGAUACAAUUACGAAAUUUACUUGUGAGAUGUGUUCUCUAACUUGUGAGCUGUCCAGUGGUGGAAGGUCUUAACAGCACAAAUUUAGUCGGAUCAUUACGUGGCCUAAUUCUAAAUUCUAUCAUAAAUUAAAAUAUAUAUAUAUUUGUUGUUAUGUAAAAUUGCUGCUAAUUUCUUUGGAUCACUUUACAAGACACUUUUCAUAGUUUAUAUGUAACUCCUCCCCGCAGAUGGCGGGGCACGAUCAACGUUAAUUCAUUUUUCUUAUUGUGGUUAUCCCACUGCCCUAUGAACCUGGCGACCUGAGUUCGAUUCUUGCGGGGCCCACAGUUACAUCAAUGGCAAGUGAUGUCCGAACCAGUCUUGGAUACAUCCCUUCACCAAUCUGCACUGAUCAGCAUGAUGAAGUUUGGCCAAAACAAUCAUGAUAACUGACAUGGUAUGAGGAGGCCUUCAUCCAGCAGCGGAUAGAUUCGAGGCUGUAAAUAACAUUAUCCACUAUCAACUGAACCUUACCUUCUAGACAAUACAUUUUUGUGAGAGUUCAAGUUUUAUUACAGAACGCCCCUCAUAUGAACCACUGUAUAGUGCAACGUUUAUAAAGCAAAAGCGAUUAAGUGUUUUCAAGCAACGGGUGAAUUGUGCAUAUAAAUUAUGUCAAGUGUUGCUGCAAAGCUCGCAAACAACAAAUACAUUUAAAAAUGAGAAAACAAAUUUUACUCAACGACAGAUCUUGAGCAUUUCUUAUAUCACACGAGUAAAAGCUACUGUUAUUUUAAUACAGUUGUAAUAUGUCUUUGUGUGAGGGACUGGAAGGUUUUUCUUUUUCAGGGUGGGAAAACUGCCUUAAAACCUCAUUGAAUUCAUGUUGGAAUGUUCGCACUGGGGAAUUUGUACAGGACAUGAUGGGUCAGUGAUCAGCGGCUGGUAUUGUCACUGAAAAAGCCUCCACAUUUUGUCGUUGGUUAGUGUUUGCUGUGUCAACAAAAACAAAAUGCCAGCAGUGGAUAUUCAGGUGUUGCAUCAUUGAUAAGUGUUUUUGUUUGCAUCGGUUUUUACCUGCAUUGCACUUUUAAAACAGCUGUAAUAAUCUUAAUGUUGUCCUCUUGUUUUAAAAUGGCUUAAAUUGCAAGGGUGCACCAGAUUGUUGUUGACUUCUUCAGCACUGUAUUUUAUGUUAACGGUGAGAAUGAUUGCAGGUCAAUGAAAAUCUUGAGACCUUAAUUACUUGGCUUGAAAUAAUUAUUCAGUACCUGGCACUCGCCACAUUCUGUAGUUUGCGUGCAACUAUUUAAAAUCAUUAUUGUAAUCAUGUCCGCUGAUGAUCCUCAGAGCAGCUUUUGUUUUUUCCAAUAUUCUUGUCUAUUGAGUUGCGCUAAUUAUGCUAAUUCAAUCCAGGAUAAAUAAUUAUGGCACAGGCUCCCAGAACAUGAACUCUUGACAUGCAUUUUGUCGAGGGCAAAAGCACAGAUCUCACAAUAGAUGCAAUAAUACAUCCGAUGAAGAACGAAACAGAAUUUAAAUUCACGCAAAAAAAUAUUUUGUUUUUUUAUUCUGUCGGACUGUUGGCUUCCCAGACAUAAGUUAUACAGCAAAAUUUGAAUAAGCAAAUGCAGGACCUGUUUGGACCUUGUGGGUUUUAUCAGCAGAGUCAAGCUUGCAAAGAACUGGUGAACAAUCUUCUAAGUCUGGAAGCAAUAGGCCAACAGACGAAAACACAUUUUCUUUUCGUGUGGGAAUUGAUAACGACUUUCCUCCCAAAUUCCCCACAACUGAUCAAUGAGUAUUAUACACACGCAUAUUUACACACACACAGGUACGACUGUGGCCCAAAAUGUAAGUUUAUCAUGUGCAUAUGUUGUUUUUGUUACAAUGAAGAAACAUCGGUGUGUAAAUUUUGUCCUAAAGUUAAUCAAUUAAAAUGACAAGACGAUUUUAAGCCUUAGCAAUUACAACAUAGUGGGCAUCGAAGCGAUACCCACUUGACAUAAUGCUCGGUUUUAUGUCCUCGCAAACAUUGGUUACAUUUAGUAUGCAUCCCUCGCCAAUUGCACUGGCAUAAAUGUGGGAUAAUAUCUAAUGCUGAAGGUAACCAUGAGUUAUUGAAUGCAGAUGCCUUCUGCAUUUUAUUGUUAUUUGAAGAAGUACACUAACUUUAUUUUAGCCAUCGGUGGAAAGCCAUUAUCCCGAUUGCUAACACGUCCGGUGUGUACCGUAUUUCGUCUGCUCCGUUGUGUUCGCCCGACCAUAAACAUUACAGUUGCAGUUGCAGGAAUUAACUUAAAAGCAGGACGUUUGAGCUUCAGUGUCGUCUAGCAAGCGGAGUUGUGUAUUUCUCGAAGGUGACAUCCGUAUCAGCUUAAGGGAAAAAAUAUAUAUAAAAUUUCCAUUGGUAUUGUAUUGUAAAUAUCCACAGUGUACAGCGUCCCAAAUAUAUUAACGCAUUAAUUUGUCAUGAUGCGUGCACAUUUUGUAUUCGUUGGGCCACCCAACAGUUUUGAAAGCAACGCAGACUCUUGAAACUGUUCAUCUCCCUUUUUUUUUUACUCGCAUACGGUAAGAGGGUGGAAGACACAUUUGCACGGCAGGUUUAAGUGAAGCCAUGUGCACAAAUUCCAGUUUUAAAGUCACAUUUUCCAUACUGAUCGGCCAGGUGCAUGCGUUUGUCACGACCGACGCGUUAAGAGUGGUGCGGAGUCGAACGCGUUGUGGGGAAAUAAAGUGUAACAAAAAUUCCGAUAUUUAAGAGCGCAAACAAACAAUGCACUUGUGUGUGGCGAUGUGCGUGUGUGCUAAAAAUUGGAAUUACUUGAAACCCAGAGUGCCUUAUGUGUGAGUGUAGCACGAGAGACCAAAUUUGUAAGGUUGAAACAAUCAAGGGAUUUGUGUUUGUAAGUAGCAUUCAUGAAAUGAGCAAGUAUAUAUAAUAGGAAUGUUGCAAUCGUCCUAGCAUUAGUUUUGUAACUUUAUUUGUUAUGUAACUAUUUUCUUAGUGUUUCCUCGACUAUUUUAAAUUAUAACAAAGGUAUAUAAAGCAAGAUUUAUAAUAUACUAUACGUGUUCGACUAAACAUUAACGUAUUUCCUUUUGUGCUUAGAAAUAAAGGGGGGGGGACUGCUGCCUUUCUACUCGAGAUGGGUCAUUCCUUAGCAAACUCACUGGUAGAAUAAUUCUGUAUCGGCAUGGCUGCAGCCACAUUCCGUGAGCCACCUCUCAUCCCUUAAGCAUUCCUCGCUUGACGGUCGGUGCAAGAAAUAGCACGUCCUAUACGUUCAAAACUGGACUGAUCGUCGCAAAUUUGGGAAGGCCGCGUUGAUAGCCCCACUGGUUUAUACCAUAUGCGCCGUUGUACAGAAUGUUUUUUGUCUUAAUUUGUUUUCUUCCUUUGUGUAAUACGCAAUGUAUUAUUUUGUUAUUCACAUUUGUGCUUCAUAAGGAAUGUUGCGUUUCAAUCCGAAUAUCUAGUCCUUGUUUAAUAGCAAGUUGUUGAUACUGUAUGUUGUACUGGCUAGUGCAAGCUAUGAGCUGUAUUAAAACCAGGUGUUGCGAACGUUUGCUUUGUUUACAAAUACGCCGAUGUUUUAAAUCUUAAACCACUAAUUGCAUUUGCCGUUGUGAAAUGUGCAUCGCAGCGCAGUGUCCCACAACCCUGAUUAGAAACGAGUGCAGUUCUCAAACAGUUUAUUUGAGUAAAAAAAUGUUUUUUUUAUCAAGGUAUAAGAAUUCGACGUUUUAUAGAAAACAAACUAUUGAUUUAGUUCGGUAAUACAUCUUAAUGCAGGUUUUGAUACAUUGGGAACAUUGAGAUUAGUAUAUAAAAAUGUAUUUUUCAGGGCUGUCAAGUGACAUGCAUUGCAUUUAUUACACGCAUUUCAGCCCUUUUGCACGCUCAUAUGAUAACGCACCAACACCAUGUGCAGUAUGCCCAGACCCUUAGGUCAGGGGUUAAGGAACCUGCUAUCCAUGGGCCAGUUAUGACCCACAACUUAAUUUUAAUAGGCUCACGGCCCCUUAAGCUCUUUCACUUAAAAUUGACCCGCAAAUAUUAUUUAUAAAUCACUGCAAGCAUAGGUACUUUCUGACCCGCCCCUACUGGACAUUGUAAAAAAAAAAGCUUCAUAUCUCAUCGGAUUUCUCCAGGAUAAAUAAUCCUUAUCGGGUACGAGAGGGUUGUAUUUUCGACUUGUGAACAUCAGUUUCACAUUUUUGCAUGGUCAUUCACCUCUCACUGCAGGACCUAUUCCAUUGACAACAUUUACCUAGGUGUGUUCAUGUGUUGUCCAUCACAAGUAUUUUUAAAUUCCUAGUCGGCCCUCCGUAAGGAAAAUAUUCCAAACCCGUGCUUUAGGGCGACAUGCAAAUGCACACAAACUCCGAGCAAAACGCGCCUCGCAUAGAAAACCAGGCCAAAAGCGUACACCAGCAACCUCUAACCAGACCACCAGUUUAGACAAAUUAAAUUUACCACCAAUGUCGCCUCAAAAUAAUCACGAUCUUUAACUCUGCAAACUUGACAGUCCUGUAGGGUUUUCCCCAAACACUGUACUUUUAGCAUUUUUUUUCUUCAAAGUAUUUAAAUCACUAAGGCUCCUGCAUGUUGCAGAUAUAGUUUUAUUUUGUAUGGUCUGUUGCAAAGAUCCGUUUCAUGUUGUGUGCUACGGUACAGUUUUGUUGAGAAUACGCCAUCGACCGUGAUUUAUGUCUGACAAGUGGUUUGUUUCUUCAUCCACUUGAAAUAAACAACAUCCGAUGUU